AUGCGGAAACACUACGCGACCUGUUUCCUUGGAGUGUACGUAUGUCUUACCGUUGCGACGGCACGUUUUUGGGGAAUCGUCGAGGAGACUGAUGACAGAGAUAACGACGAGGAUGACCUCGAGGAGGGGCAAGCCACGGAGCAGGUGAUUAACCCCGACGUAAAUACCGAGAGGCCAACGACUCAGGGUGACAACGAGGAAGCUUCCGACGUGGGCUGGGACGCUAACCGAGUGAUCAGAGACGUGGCCUACUUCCUCCGGACUCACAAGUUCAAAGAUUUUGACCACCGUUACUACGGUUCAGUCUCCGACGUGUCGAGGAGACUGUAUCAGGAGUUUCCUAAACCACCGCUGCGGUCACUGCACUGGGAAGUCCACAAGCAUUGCGCAGUCAGUUUCAAGUCCUGCCUGAAGUUUCUCGAGGAAAUUGUCAACCUGACACCGCUAAGGCGCCAGGACGACACGGUUACGGUCAUGAGAGAGCAGUCUUGGGACCCCGAGAAGGACAAGAAGCAAAUCACCUCGACCCAGGAGGACUGCGAACUUGCGAAAAAGAAGGACAACCUCACCGCGGAUCCGUUCCAAGGACCAAUCGAACGCUUCCAAUGGAGGACCACUGCCAGCUACUACAUGUGCUGGUACUCCAUGCUGGACACCCCGGAGCUGGCUCGCUUCGGUGAACCCUGCGAUAACAUGGCCUACUGCCUCGACUCCUACGGCAUCAGCAACAAGGACCCGAGGGCAGACGACACAAAGCCCUUCGCCUGCGCUUUGUACAGUUUUUGUCCCGACCCGUGUUGCCCUCUGGAGCACAUUUGGAAGAUGGAGGAGUGCUACCAGUCAGAGGAAAAUCCUUGCUACGAUGGGAAUGGUUCAGAUAACCGGAAAUGCGUUUUUCAACGCGAGAACAAUCGGGACUUUGAGUCCUUGGUGAAGAACCAGUUGAACGUGACCUGCGCGUGUCAGGAGGUGGGCUACGAGUGGUCCUCGCGAUUUGGUAUCUGUGUCGACACCGACGAGUGUAGCACCGAGACUGACAUAUGUUCAAAGGAUCAUAUGAACGCCUGCGUCAAUUUACCCGGGUACUAUGAUUGCAUGUGCAAUCUCGGAUACGUCUACAGUCCGGAGGCAAAAACCUGCGUCUUUAGUCAAGCUUUCGACAAGGCGCUCCACGGAGUUGAUGAUGAAAACGCUAACGAGACGGAGACCUGGCGUCAUGGUGGUGAACGUAACUUUGCGGAAAAUGAUGCUGUUCAAGAUUUAGUCAAGGACUUCUACCUAACGUAA